GACUCCAAAGGAGGACCCUCAGACUACAAACCCCCUCUCAGAGGAGUCUCCAGACCGAAGAAUCACCACAGAGGGGUCCCUAAGACACGGAUAUUUAGAAAGGACACCCAGACUGUCACCCCCUUGAGGACGUCAGCACCGGUUCCAGGGUCCUAAUGGCAGCCGAGCCACUGACAGAACUGGAGGCGGCCAUCGAGACAGUGGUCACCACCUUCUUCACCUUUGCGGCACAGGAGGGCCGGAAGGGCAGCCUCAGCUUCAACGAGUUUAAGGAGCUGGUUACUCAGCAGUUGCCUCAUCUGCUCAAGGAUGUGGGCAGUCUAGAUGAGAAGAUGAAGAACUUAGAUGUGAAUCAGGACUCUGAACUCAAGUUCAACGAGUACUGGAGGCUGAUUGGGGAGCUGGCUAAGGAAAUCAAGAAGGAGGAGGCCCUGGAGAUCCGGAAGAAGUGAAGCCUGCUGACUGGGAUGGGGAGGGCCCGAGCAGAAGUCCACUCUCCCCAAAUAAAAUGUCCUCCUUGAAACACAAA